GCGCUUAGCUUUGAAUCAUGUGGGAAUUAACUCUGCGCAGGGGACGCCGGAUAUUUUGUUGCCUACAACAAGGAAGUAAGCCUUAGAUGAAUAAGUGUUUGUCGUGCACUUUUAAGUGUACGAGUGGGACAAAUCAGACUUUCUGCUAGUUUUUUUGCUAAUGUGCCUGGACAUCGCGAUGAUCGUCUGUUAAUAAAUUAAAUUAGCCGUGCAGUGACAAUAAAAUAAUCUGUAUAAGACCAAGGUGAGGCCCAAGGAGGUGCCUCUGCUCCACGGGAGACUGUGACACUGCGCUUCUGAGACCCCGCCCUCUCGGCCGGUGGGACUGAGACUGCUCCUGUGAAAGCCGGUGGGAGCGGCAAGACUGAAACUCUGCUCCUGUGAGAGCCCGUGGGAGCGGCAAGACUGAAACUCUGCUCCUGUGAGAGCCUGUGGGAGCAGUGAGACUGAGACUCUGCUCCUGUGAGAGCCUGUGGGAGCAGUGAGACAGACUCUGCUCCUGUGAAAGCGCUCCCUCACAGACAUGUGGUGGUUCCAGCAGGGUCUCUGCGCUCUGCCAGCAGGGCUUGUGGUCUGGUCCACGGCCACCUUCAUCUCCGCGGACAUCACCGCGGUGCUUCUGCGGCACGUGGACCCCCUCGUGCCCUACAUUAGUGACACUGGGACCAUGCCUCCGGAACGCUGUGUGUUUGGCCUCAUGCUCAACAUUUCAUCAUUCUUAGGUGCCCUGACGGUGUACGUGCGGUACAAGCAGGUCCAGGCCCUCGCGGAGCCAGAAGAUUCCAGGCUUCGCCGGCUGAAUGCUGCUGGCCUGGGGCUGGGAUCGCUCAGCUCCUUCGGAAUGUGCAUCGUCGCCAACUUCCAGAAAACGGUCAUUGUUUCCAUGCACAUGGUGGGGGCGGUGGUGACGUUUGGCCUGGGGGCGCUGUACAUCUUCGUCCAGACGGCGGCGUCCCACCGCAUGCAGCCGCGCGUGCACGGGAAGGGCGUGUUCUGGGCGCGCCUGGCGGUGGGCCUCUGGACCUUCGUCAGCAUGCUCAGCAUGCUGGUCUCUUCAGUCAUCAUGUACUCUAGUCUGCCUGGGGUGGAUUUGGCCAAGAAACUGCACUGGAUCCCGGGAGAGACAGGCUACACAGCUCAUCUGAUCAGUACGAUCUCCGAGUGGUCUGUGGCUUUCUCCUUCAUCAGCUUCUUCCUCACCUACAUCCGGGACUUCCAGAAAAUUGACCUGCGAGUGAAGGCCGUGCUGCAGAAUGACCAUCUGUAUGACUCCACCCACAGCAGCGUGCGCGUGCACCAUACUGAGGCUUCCCCGCUAUUGGCUGGGAGCAUUUGAACACAGCUCCCCCAGCUGGCGCCGUCACACUCACAGCUGUGCACACACACACACACACACGCACCUACCCACACACAUACAUUCAGAAACACACACGCUCAGAUUCAUAAACACUCGCUUGUGCAUUCAGGUACACACAUACAUUAUAAACAUGCAUGCAGGUAUUCAUAGUCUCACAUCAGCCGUAUACGCACACUGACAUAAGCACACGUGCUCACAAUUGGAAACGCUCAUACACACACACACACACACACACAAACACGCAGACACACGUGCACGCACACUCAGAAACACACAUGCACAUGCACAUGCGCACACACACACACACACACACACACUUCACUGGGGGGGGGAUUUGGCUUUAGAUAUGUGCAGGUUCACAGUGUGAGAGUGGCAGCUAAUGGCCACGUUGCCUUUUGCUGUGAAUGCAGCCGAAACGACAUAUUGGACACUGAGCAGGUAGAUGGAGUGUGGAUCAGUUUUGUCUGAAUCCAUCAAUUAACUCUGAACACAGUGAUAUUCAGCAAUCAGCUGAAAGUGCCAGUGUAAAAUGGUUGGUAAUUUGCCUUAGUAAAGAGCUGCUGGUACUGGUUCUUCAUUGGUUGGCUCGACUAAGACCACCUGGCCUGUCCAGUCAGUGAGUCCGGUUUCCCGAGUACAGGCUUUCAGCUCCACCCCAGUCUUUCUGGAGGGAACAGGGUUAUUUUGCACAUCAGGACAUGUCCAGCGCUACCUGUGACAUAGUCAGCUGACCCCUCUGACCCACAGAGAGAACACAAACCAAAAUGCAUUAAAGUGUGUGUGUGUGUGUGUAUGUGCAUUUGUGUGUGAACGUAUGUCUGUGGGUGUGCAUGUGCGUGCGUGUGUGUGUUUAGGCUGUGGUUGGCUGGCAGUACUCUUACAGUGUUCUGGUAAGUUCUGUGAGAGCAGACAGUGUUUUGUUGAGCUGCCCUCCUCAGUAUUGCUUAUAACUGCACUGGGCCUACUUCAGUCAGUCACAUACACACAUCACAGGGCUGAGAACCACUGGUUUACUGGGCCUGCUUCAGUCAGUCACAUACUCACAUCACAGGGCUGAGAACCACUGGUUUACUGGGCCUGCUUCAGUCAGUCACAUACUCACAUCACAGGGCUGAGAACCACUGGUUUACUGGGCCUGCUUCAGUCAGUCACAUACACACAUCACAGGGCUGAGAACCACCGGUUUACUGGGCCUGCUUCAGUCAGUCACAUACACACAUCACAGGGCUGAGAACCACUGGUUUACUGGGCCUGCUUCAGUCAGUCACAUACACACAUCACAGGGCUGAGAACCACUGGUUUACUGGGCCUGCUUCAGUCAGUCACAUACACACAUCACAGGGCUGAGAACCACUGGUUUACUGGGCCUACUUCAGUCAGUCACAUACACACAUCACAGGGCUGAGAACCACCGGUUUACUGGGCCUGCUUCAGUCAGUCACAUACACACAUCACAGGGCUGAGAACCACUGGUUUACUGGGCCUACUUCAGUCAGUCACAUACACACAUCACAGGGCUGAGAACCACCGGUUUACUGGGCCUGCUUCAGUCAGUCACAUACACACAUCACAGGGCUGAGAACCACUGGUUUACUGGGCCUGCUUCAGUCAGUCACAUACACACAUCACAGGGCUGAGAACCACUGGUUUACUGGGCCUGCUUCAGUCAGUCACAUACACACAUCACAGGGCUGAGAACCACUGGUUUAGAGAGACAUUCACACACAGCCCAUCCUCACCACUGCCAGUGAUUUUCCACUAAGUGCCUUUAUGGCCCCACACACAGACACACAGACACCUGCACACACACAUGUGCUCUUUAAUGCUGUGGUCAACCAGGAAACAGUAACCAUGGUGAACUGUCACCUGCUCAGCCUCUCUGCAUCUUUAAUUAUUAUGGAAUUUCGUAACUGGGUGUUUGAGUCUCAGUAGCGACAUUGCAGACUAUUGCCAGAGGUCUGCACUGGCAAGGCUUGCCGGGGAAUGCUAUGGGGUAAUCUGGCAAGCUUUACUAUUUUCAUCGCUCUCUAGCGGCCACUACUGGUCAGACCAAGUGGUUAAAUCAUAAUCAUAGCCCACGUCUGACACCUGAAUCAUUAACUUUGCCCACCAAGCCUAUCUGUAUUACAGUGACAGGCCAGUCAUUUUAUUCAGUAAUAUUUCAUUCUGGACAGUUGCCAUUAAAUCUUAAAAGCCAGUUAAGAUGCAGAUGAGUUUAAGAUCAUUACUUACAGUGGAUUGUUUGCCAUUCAGGUAUUUCUUAUUUGACUUUUUUAAAAAUCUUGAAUGUUAUCAGAAGCUGUAGAAAUAUUAACAAGUAACAUCUGACAUCAAGGAAUCAGGCAUUUGGUAAUGAAAGCUGUUUAUGAAGAAGUACUGUGCUUCAUAGUGUCAUUUAUACUGUAACAUGUUAUUUCUGUCUAUCAUGAACCUCAAGGUUGAGGAAGUGCCAUUCUGCCUCCUUGUCUUCUCUUCAUUACACUCCUUUAAUUUCUGUUUAUCAAAUCUGCAUAUGCAAAAACAAAUGAAUCCUGCCAUAUUAAAUUUGUUUAUGUGUUUAGAAGAGGCUGUUUUACUAAAUUACGUCUGCAGAGUGUUGCCUGAUAUUUAUGGUUCCUUGGAAGAAAUUGCACAUUGCUGGUUGAGGGAGUCCCAGAAUCCCAAAGUGUACUUCCUGUUCUUCCUAUGUAAAAUAAUGAUGUCAUAUUUUUAAUCCAGUUAGAAUGUUCUUAUCCUGUGAAUCUACAGCCUAUGAAUAAAGGACAUUUGUAUGCAGAUGUUAUGCUUUAAGCUUGUUGUGCGAUUCAGAUUUUAAGAGCGGACAUUGAGAGCAUGGUGUUUGUGCUGGAAUGUACAUGUAUUGUAUUUGAUAAUAUUUGAUGUCCAAAUAACGUCCAAUGUUUGGGUGCUUGCUGUUGUGUUGCUCACUGUACUGACCUUGGUGCCAGUUACUAAAUGGGCAGUCUUGAAAAAGAGGCUUCUCUGUAUUAUCACA